AUUUGUUUACAUCGGGCUGAAUCACAUGUGUCCGAAAAACCUGAAAAUUUUUAUACGUUUGAAACCAUAAAAUGGGAGUGAAAAAUAAGAAAAUCGUCAAUAAUGAUGCUGUACAACUAGGAGACAAACGUGUUGAAGAUUUAAAAUGUGAACAGAAGCUGUGCAAUAGUAAACUAUGUGGGCUCCUGAUAGAUUUUGCCUCCAUUCAAGAUGGAAUCACUCAAGUGCAGAAAAUUAAAGAGAUUUCCACAUACCUAAAAAAGCUGAAAGCUCUUGAGAAGGAAGAUGCCUUGUGUCUGUCAGUUAUUGUAGAAUGCUACUUCUUGGCUCUUCCCAGGAACCCAGUGAAACGUGCUUUGGCCGGAGCUCUUCUAGGAUCUCCUGUUUCCUUCCAUGAUGAUAUUACACAAUGUCUCUCUGAGCAGCUCUUACAGCUUAAAGAUGGCAGCACUAGUCAGCAAAAUGGCCGAAUGAUAGUCGACAACCUUGCAGCUUUGUUAGAAAAUUUUCCCCUUGGAGAGAGAUGUGUGAAGGAGAAUAUAUUGUUGUGCUUUACAAUCUUAGUUGACAGCCUUAGCUCAUUCACUUACCUCACAGGACAAGCAUCAAGCGUUGUAGAGCAAAAUGCUAGAAUGCAGGAUUGUCUAUGUUCUAUGCAGACUAUAGCCAAGUUACUGCAGAGAUGUUCUUCGCAGUACAUGACUUCAUAUGAGACGCAUUCAGCAGUCCUAGAGAAACACAUCACUGUGUUAUAUCAGUCGAUAUAUAAGAUUUUUACAACUGAGAGUUACCUACUUGAUUGUAAGAAUGUUUGUGGGAUGUUGUAUCCAUUGAUUCUGAAGCUUACAUGCCCAGAGAAUGUGGUGCAAAUUAUCUUACACCUGAUGUUCAGAAAAUGCAAUCUCGGCUCUGUGGAGGUCUAUCCAAGAUGGCUACCAGAUUACCCAGAAUGCCUCUCAAGCACACUGGGAACAACAGCCUACCUGUGUUUGAUGAAUGGGGUGCUAGCUAUGCUGGAUGUGGAGCACCUUGUGUGGGGGAUUGAUAUAGAAGGACAUAAGAACCUAUUGGUGGAUUUGAUAGGAGAGUCUCUCUUUACAUUGUUGUAUAAGUUAGAAGACACCAACAGUAAAUUGACAGCCUCAAGGACGUUGGUCAUGUUCACCACCAGAGCCUGUAAAUGUGUUGAGGCAAAGAAUGAUGAGGUGUUUAGGUCUAAGUUCUGUGGAGGCUCUGAGCUUCAAAACCAACUCUUGCAAGUGAUCUGGAGCCACAUUGAGGACCCCACUGAUGUGAUACGCUACAAUGCCAGAAUUCUGUUUAACAAUGCAAUAGCAUUACACCUCAAGGCAUCAAUGGAAGAUGCCACAUCUAGUGAGUUUGUACUUGGAAUUGCCAGGGAGGUCCUUUCAACAUGUCUUAGUGCCAAGGGAAAAUAUGGGACAUUGUGUGAACUAGUGCACCAUAUUGGCACCUCAAAACUCCUUGAAUUGAAACCUGGCCUCCCCACAGAAUUACUGGGUGUAAUGGGAGAACAGACACUCUCUGGCCAUGUGAGUGAAGUAUUAGAGAGACUGUUCAUCUCACACAAACAAGAACUCAAGGGACAACCAAAUGCUGGAGACUUGUGGGGAACUGUUUGGGUUGACCCUGUACUGAAGGCUUUAUGUGCAAGCUCAAAACUACAUAAAACACAUAUCAUUGAACAUGUGUUGCCUAAGCUGCUAAAGACCAGUCCAGAUAGCAUGCCAUUCAUCAUCAACCGACUUUCCAAGCAAUAUCAUGGACCUGGAAACCUAGGUGCUCUCAUGUCCUGUCUGAAGAGGGCUAAAGCACUAGGGCUGUUUAACAUAGAGAACAUAGCUGAUGAUGAUGUCACAACACCAGAAAGUGAUGUCACUACAUUAUCAAAUGAUGUCACUACUACAGCAGAAGGGGUGCCCUGUAUACAGGGAGCAGUUACAAUUCAGCAGUUGAAAGCUGCACUUUGUCACAAGGAGGAUGAG